CGUGGAACCGAUGUUUGCAGAAGCUGCCUGGAGCAGGAGGACAAGUUGACGACUCGACUUGCCUUUCACCUCCUUUUCUUCAAAACAACACAUUUAACAUGAGCAACAGAGACUAACAAGGCGCCUGUCGUGACCGGGAGCUCCGUGGCGUUCACCACCAUGCUCGAUUGGGCCGAGAAGUGAAGCGCAUUCCAGAACGCCGCAGACUUGAGUGAAAACUUGCACCAGGACUUUCGCCAUGGCCAGCUCGGCUUGCACUCACUGGACUAGUCUGGGACAAAGAUGUGUGUUGCCAUGGUGAUUAUUUACAAGAAAACACUGGAAAAGAAGGCCAGCGACGAUGUAGCAUCUAGAAGCACCGAUUUGGGGCCGUUCCAGGAACAGACCAUGAGCCAGGGGACAACCCUCUUCUCCUGUGGACUCAUGGAUUCCAGUCGACGGUGGUGUGGUUUGGGUCACAGCUGUGGCAUACAACAGGGGCCGGUUGGGACCAGCCUUGAGAACCUGUGGGACGUCCUGCCUGGGAAGACUUCAGCUCACUGGGACUGGGACGUGGGUUCUACCUCUAGUACAAUCAGCAGCUUGCUCCAGGACUUGAGCCUGACUGAAGCUGCCUCCUCGACGGCGCCGCCCAGCAAGCGCCAAUGCAGGUCCCUGUCCUGCUCGGAUGAGCUCGGCAGCUGCCGAACCGCCUGGCGCCCUCAGGGUUCCCGUUUGUGGACCACUGUGGAGAAACGGAGGUGCUACAGCGGAGGAAGCGUCCAGCGUGGUGGCUCUCAGCUGGGGUUUCCUACCAUGCAACGCAGCUCCAGCUUCAACCUGCCGACUUGCUCCGACGUGGUGGAGCCGCCCUGCUUCUCACAGUCUGCCUCCUCGGAACCCCCUGCACAGCCCCUCUACCUCUCUCAUGAAGAGAUCCGUGUCCCUGAGCCUCACAGACCCUCCCCGUCCAGCUCUCCAGACUCCACACCGGAGUUGGAGCACCGUGGAGGGCAAGGUCUUCCACGUAGCCGCUCGCAGCCCUGCGUGCUUAACAACAAGAAGAUUGGUGUGAAGCGUAGGAGACCUUCAGACACGCAUAAACAGAGACCCUCCUUGGAUCUGGCCAAGAUGACCCAGAAACUUCGGAAUUUCCACAGCCUGAGCUGCCUGGGAAUCACUAGUGAAGAAUCCGACAAGAGCCCGACCACCCUCAGGACCAGCGCUCAGGCCGACGCUGAACACACCUUAGACUGUGAUCCACCUCGGACAAAAGAGACUGGGCACGCACCGGGCCCAUCGGCUCUCGUGUUCGAGGAGGUGGACUGGAUUCAGGAUCGUGGCGAGGGGACCCCAUAUGAGAAGGACAAUGGCGCACUGUGGGUGGGACUUUGUGGCACCAAGAAGGACGCGUAUCAGCUUGGAGGAGAGUUGGACAUUGAUCAGAUCGAGAGGAACUAAGCUGGACUGCCUCUCUGUGGACUUCUGUUUUGUUUGUUUUUUUUUUUUUUUUUUACCAGUACUGAUAGUCUUAAGCAGACAGCUGGUGGGAAACGUGACAAUGUCUAAAGGAGGCUUCACUGUCGGGGGACUUUCUUCAGUGCAGAGCUUUAGGGGUAAAGUUGGCGGAGAUAGAUAUUAAACCCAUACUAACCCUGGACUCUUUACUGUUGUACAUCUGACGACCAUUCUUUCCCCUCUCUAGUCUGACGUUUCCUCCACAGCAAGAGGGACAGAAAUAAAGACCACUGAGAGAAAACAAGACCAGACCCCCUUCCUUCCUGAACCUGUAGUCUGCCUCCGGUCUGAACUCCUGUGCUCCUGGUUGUCUGAGUAAAAAAAAUGCAUUCAGUUAUUCUGUUACCACAGAGUUGUGUCAAAACACGAUCAUAUUUCUAUAAGAAUAAAAUGAUGAGCAAUAUCUGGUUUGAAAUGAGUGCCACUCAGAAAAUGACUUCAGUAUAAGACGCAUCCUUUAAUAAAAAUACAUGUACAAGUAACAUCGGAUUUCCGACCGGGAUCGGUUCCGACCAACCGGUCGUUAGUCAGAUUGGACGAAAGUCGAAUGUCAUUCAAAAUAGCCGACGUGAGGGUUAUAGGUGCUACUGUAGUGGUAGAUGGCUGUGUGACAGUGAGAUGCUGGGAUACAGUGCUGCCGUAACUGCUACAUGCUGCGGUGCCAGACAUUGAAUUUAAAAAAAAUGUUGGCCGUGGUCGUAAGUACGGGUGGACAUAAGACAAGCAGGUCACAAGUGGGAUAUUACUGGUAUUUCAAAAGGGCAGUGCAGUGGGGUAACAGGCUUACC